GCUAGCAGCAGCCGCCGCGGCUGCUGCCGGCGGCAUGGGCGAUGGAGGAGCGGAGCAGGGACGCGGCCGCAUCGCGGUGGCGGCAGCCGAGCGAAUGCGGGAUCUGGGGAGUCGGGCGGAGCUGGGGGGCGCAGGGCGCGCGGGAGAUUGGGCCCGUGGCGGGGCUGAAGGAGGAGGAGGAGGAAGAGGAGGAGGAGGAGGAGGAGGAAGCAGCCAUGGGCUCAAGGACGUAGCGGGAACCUCGGCCACCAACCCUCCAACCGAUUCUAAGGCACCCUGCCCUGAGAGCGAGCGCCAGGCGGGGGCCAGCGAAGCGGAUUAUUGCCGCCGGAUCCUUGUCCGAGAUGCCAAGGGGACCAUCCGGGAAAUUGUGCUUCCCAAAGGUCUCGACCUGGAUCGACCAAAGAGGACGAGGACAUCCUUCACAGCUGAGCAGCUGUACCGUUUGGAGAUGGAGUUCCAGAGGUGUCAGUACGUGGUGGGGAGAGAACGCACUGAGCUGGCCCGACAGCUGAACCUCUCGGAGACUCAGGUCAAGGUCUGGUUCCAGAAUCGCCGCACAAAGCAGAAGAAGGACCAGAGUCGGGACUCAGAGAAACAUUCGUCAACUUCCACUUCUGAGGCCUUUGCCACAUCCAACAUCUUGAGACUGUUGGAGCAGGGACGUCUUCUCUCAGUCCCCGGGGCUUCUAGCCUCCUGGCCCUGACCGCCACCCCACCAGGCUUGACCACCAGCAAUGGGGCCACCACCUUGGGGAUCUCCCGGAACUCCUCCUCGAACCUCACUGGGAACAGCCCAACUGAGAGCCCGCCCAAGGCAGGUGCCCCCUUCGGUCUCCUCGGGCCCCAAAUGGCCUCAGCCUCAACUUCUCCUCGACUCCCACCCCCACCCCCUCCUCUGUGUUUCACCACAACCUCACUCCUGGACUUGCCCAGCGGGUAUGAAUUGGGCACUUCGGCCUUUGAACCCUACAGCCGACUGGAGAGGAAAAACAGUGGCCCCGGCAGCAAGAAGACCAACACAACCUAACCGCCUCCUCCCCCACACUGACACUCCUUCCCCCUCACACCUCCAUGCGUUCCUCCACCCCUUUACUCCAGCCAGGGAGUCAGGAGAGAAAGACUUCCUCCCUCUCCGUCAGUCUCUCUCUCCCAGCUGAAAAAACUCAUCAACCAAAUAUCUGGGCAGUGUGUGUGUGUGUGUGUGUGUGU